AUGUUUAGUUCCCCAAGACUAAUUCGUACGUCGAUGGACAAGAUGACGGCGACAAAGCGGAUUCUCGACGAGAAGUGUCAUACCAUCGAACAAUUACAAACGAUUAUUGAUCAAUUGAAGUUUCAGCAUGAGAAAAAGGAACACGAACUGAUCAAACAUAUUGGAAUACUUUAUAACGAUUUACAUCAGAGUAAAAAGAAAAUGGCUCAUUUGAUAAUCAAAUACCAGCAACAGAAAAAGUUGAUUGAAAGUAUCCAACCUUUAAAAGAAAUUGGCACACAAACCGAUGAAAUGACCCCAACAGUCAUCUGUCCUAAUUGUUCUUCCCAACACUCGAAAACGAAACUGAUCCGCAAGACAUCCGAUAAACAUCCAAAAUAUUACACACUUCAAUUAAACGAUAAUCUUGAAUACAUCUCGGCGACACCACAACCAACACCAUCGGAUCAUUCAUUAUCGUCGCCUUCUCUUUCGACAACCGAUCAAUCAUCGAUAAAACAUAAUGAGAGUAGUUCAAGUGCAUACAACACAGCUGACAGUUUACCAAGUAGUGCAUACUCGGACGAAAUCGAGUCUCUCGAACGUGUGCUUAGUGCGGCAUCGACCAUGUACACAACUCAUGAUAAUCUCGAGCAUACGAUUAAAUUACAAGAAGAACUAUUUCGACAGCGUCUUCGUCUGCGCGGUGUAGAACUCAAUGAAAAUGAAGAAGUGACAAGUGAACAUUUCUAUGAUAAUAUUGAUGGCGAAACAAGUGAUAUUGAGAAAGAGCCUUCGAUUGAACAGACACGCGCAGUAUUGCCGUGGUAUCAGAAGAAACAACAGCGAACGGUAACGUUCAAUUUAAACCAUGAAGAUCAUCAACAGAAGAUCAAAACUAUUCCAAAUAAAGUGAAAUUUAGUGAUCAAUGUUAUCCGAUUAGUAAACGUAAAGCAAUUAGAUCGUCUUCGAAAACGAAUCUCGCCAAGUUAUCGAACACAAAAAAGACUCUCGGUCAACAUUCGAUUUUAAACAAUAAGAAAUUAUUGCUGUCAAACAUGUUAACUGUCACCAUCACUUAA